AUGCCACCCAGAGACAACGACAAUAAUAACAAACACGACCCCCCAACCCGCUCUUCACCACCUCAACAACCCUCCCAAAACUCCAGACCUGAAGACGAAAUCCCCGCCUGCCAAUCCUGCCGCAAGAAAAAAGCCCGCUGCAGUCGCGCCCAGCCAUGUGAUCAAUGCGUCCGGUUCAACGUCCCCUGCGUCUAUGAUGAUCGGCGCUUGAAGCCGGGUCUGAGGGCCGGUGCUGUCGAUCAGCUGUAUCGGCGGAUUGAGACGUUGGAGAAUAUGUUUCUCGGGCAGGAGGUGCUUUGGAGGGCGGUUUUGGGGGGGUUGGGUAUGGAUGCGGGUGUGGGUGGGGGUCGCGAUGGGGGUGGGGAUGGUGGGUUAGAGGAAGAGGGGAGUGGGUUGACGGAGUUGGAGAGACGGAGGGAGAGAGUGAAGAGUUGUUUACUGCGGGCUACGGAGGGGGAGAAGGAAAAGAAGCAGAUGCAGAGGACGUCGUCGGCGCAAGAUGAAGCAGAGGAGACCACAUCGGGUGUCGGAGCCAAGCGACGAAAGGUCGAGAAGAUGCCUUUGUUGAGACGCAGAGAAAAUGUCGACCCGGACUGGGAUAGCGAUAAUGACGAUCCCAGCGGACUUUUACCCCCGGAUAUCAUGUCCGAAUUAGUGGAUUUCUACUAUCUGAAUAUUCACCACUGGAUUCCUAUCUUGCAUGUUGCGAGGUUUCGACGACGCAUGAAAUCGGAAGAGGAACGUCCGCGCAUUGCUUGCAUUCUGCAUGCCAUCAUAGCCAUCUGCGUGCGCUUCUCCCAGAACGAUAGGCUCAAAGACGAACAGACGAAGGCACGCAUUGCGGAGAAAAGCCGACAGCGGGUCAUCUUGAACAGCAUUGAGACUUUCUCGGUCGAGAAUCUGCAGGCGCUGAUUAUUGUUGCGUUUGAGACGAUUGGCCGAGGACGUGGUCCGUCCUCGUGGUCCAUCAUCGGAAACAUGGUGGGCACAGUGGAACAGUUACAAUUGAAUGUAGAAGAGGACGAGCUUUACGGGUCGUCAAACGCAGGCGAGACCCUGAUUCGACGGAUGCUGUUCCUCACGCCAUCCAAAUCGUGGAGCGAGGCUGAGGAGCGCCGUCGGGUCUUCUGGACGGUCUUUCUCAUGGACCGCUUCUGCAGUGUGUCCACCGGUUGGAAAAUGAGCCUGACCGGUGCCGAUAUCAAACGUCGACUACCAUGUGAGGGUGCGAUCUGGGGCCAGGAGCAGGAAGUGCGGACGCCGUAUUUUGGCAUCUCGGACUCCAAAGGUCCGUUAUCCAGCAGCUCGGGUCUCUUUGAAAGACAGGGCUCGUCACGCUCCGAGGACCAGGAUUCGAUUGGCGGGUUGGCGUAUAAUAUUGAAGCUACGGAGUCGCUUGCAUUGGUGACGAAUUUCUUUCUCCAUCAUGCAUUUGUUGUCAACGACACAGAAAAGGCUCAAUUGUGGUUGAUGAAGUUCAAAGAGCUCGAUCUUAGACUCAUUCAGUGGAAGCUAUACCUGCCAUCAAAAUGGCGCGAGGCUUCUGUGCUCAACGCCGAUGGAAUCAUGGACCCGAAUCUCAUUUUGGCUCAUCUAACACAUAACACCGCGGUCAUCUUGCUCCACCAAGGAAUCGCAUACCCGCCUGCGCACUGGCAGACCUGCGCCGUGAAGCCGCCGUCCGCAUCCUCCGCAGAGACGUGUCUCGAGGCGGCCUCGGAGACGGCCAGGAUCGGCCAACAGUUUCUAGCAUACUCGCCAAUAUUCACUAAUCCCCAAUUCUCUUUCUGUCUCUUCAUUGCGGGCCGUAUGCUGCUCGCUCAUUCACGAUACAACCAAGUGCCCAUCUCACCCGUCCUCGAUACCUUGAUUGCCAAUCUGCUUGAAAUCUCCCAGCGUUGGGCAGGUCCUGGGAAGGCGACCGACGACGAAGGAAACCUUGCAUCAAGCUUUGCGAAGCGGCUGAUCGAGGCACAGAGUAACUCGGCGAUUCAUUCACGCCCAAGUCUGGAUAUUAGACAAACUGCGUACUCGGAUGAAUCCAAAGAGCAGCCACACUCGCCUGCCACGGGUUCCUCGCGUAGCGAUAUAAACGCGUUCCCAUCUCGGACGGUCAAUUCCUGCCUCUCACAGACUCACUACCCUGAGAUCCCAGCGCCGCAGGACUCGUUUGGGUACGAUCCGUUUAGCCUCGCAUUUCCUCCGCUUCCACCGGCCUUCCAGCAGGAAUUUUCGCUGUCGGCGUGUGGGCAGGGCGUUGCGAGCCCGGCACUUUUGUCUCUGGGUAUGCCAUCGUAUCACGCUGAUCCGCUACAUACGUGGCAAAGCCCGGGUGUGAAUUACGGCAAUACAGUGAUUAGCCCUGGGGAUCAUACACCCAGUCCAGGACAUUUAAAUCAGUAG